CUUUCCUUUCAGAUAGAGUGUGGCUUGGCUCAGCAGUGUUUCCAAACGGCACACUUGAGUCACCUGUAAGGGUUCCCGGGCCGCCCAAUCGGCGAUCGCCACUCCGAACGCAACCGACCAACCUGUGAAGGUUUUGUUGCUGGGAGGAAUCGCUUUUGUCUUUGCACAAGUGGCCUGAAGCACAGAACCCUUUUGUUUCUGCUCUCAAAAAGAGCAGUAAAUUCAAUUUAAAGAUCUUGAACAAGGAGAACGUCUUCUCCUCAACGGCUUCUAUCCUUUCAGGUGUAAUAGACUUUUCAAACGAAACUGUUGGAUAAUUUACAGAGGACUUUGCCAUCGUUCAGACUGUUUGACGUUUGUUGGGUCCUUGGAAGUAAUGCAUCUUUGACAGCCAGGUCACGGUAUCAAAUUCAAUCGGCUUGACCCGUUUUGGAAAGGCAACACCGGACUGGGUGGCAACAGAGACGCAUGUCCCUGCGAUAACAGUGGAUCUUUCUUUACUGAGAGGACUUUACAUUGGUGCCAGACCGACUUCUACCCAUCCGGAUGGGACUCUCAUUGAAGUUUGAUCAAUCCCAUGUAUGCAAGUUGAGACAAGUGCUCUGAGUUCUUCAAUUAUUCAUCACCUCAAAAAAAGACCAGGCGAACGUGAACUAGUCUGAGAGAACAAAAGACUAGAUCGAAACUUUUCUCUGAUAAAAUUGAAAGACAAAACUGGCAAGGAACUUUCAGGAAGGGCUGACCGAGACGGAUUAGCAAACGUGGCCGGCUAGAUGUGGUUGAACAAAAUAUUGCUCUGAGAAAUUGGGAAGACAAAACCAAGAGGUAAUUGCUGAGGAUUGGCAAACGUGACCAAAGACGGGAUUAAAACUUAAGUUAUUUGAGACGACACUGGCAAGGAACUUUCAAGGAGGACUGAGUGACGCUUCUGGCUGAGGAUUGACCAACCUGACCCAAAGACGAGCUAAAACAAAUUUUGCAUUGAGAAAUUUGAGACAAAUGUGGCGCGGAACCUUCUAUGAUUGGCAAACCUGACCCAAAGACGAACAAAAACUAAUUUUGCAUUGAGAAAUUUGAGCCAGAUCUGGUGAGGAACAUUGUAGGAUUGGCAAACGUGACCUAAAGACGAAAUAAAACAAAUUUUGCAUUGAGAAAUUUGAGACACAUCUGGGGAGGAACCAUCUAGGAUUGGCAAACGUGCCCCAAAAACUAACUAAAAAAAAAUUUUGCAUUGAGAAAUUUGAGACGUCUGGUGAGGAACCAUCUAGGAUUGGCAAAUGUGACCCAAAGACGAACUAAAACAAAUUUUGCAUUGAGAAAUUCGAGCCAGAUCUGGUGAGGAACCUUCUAGGAUUGGCAAACGUGACACAAAGACGAACAAAAACAAAUUUUUGCAUAGAGAAAUUUGAGAGAUUUUUUUGAGGACUGAGAGCCGCUUCUUGCUGAGGGUUGGCGAUCGUGCCGACCUCUGUGGCCGAGUAGGGCUGAGGCAAUUAUCCAUAGUCGUAGCACCUAAGCGUAAAGGUGUCGUCGAGGCUGUGGCCCGAGGAGGCGUGGUACUCAGAGGGUGGCGAGAUGGUGAACACAGGGAUGCAGCUGAUCAGCUUCACCUGUGCUGUGACCGGAUGGGUGAUGGCCAUCGCCGUGACGGCGCUCCCCCAGUGGAAGGUCACGGCCUUCAUCGGCAGCAACAUCUUGACGUCGGAGAUCGUUUGGCAGGGGAUCUGGAUGAACUGCAUCUACCAGACCACCGGCCACAUGCAGUGCAAGACCUACGACUCCAUGCUGGCUCUCCCUCCCGAUAUCCAGGCGGCCCGAGCGCUCAUGUGCAUCGCUAUCUUCCUGGGAUGGUUGUCCUGCACCGUGUCUUGCUGUGGAAUGAAGUGCACCACUUGCGCCGGGGAUGAUCGCCAUGCUAAGGCGGGUAUAGCGCUGUCCGGCGGGGUGCUCUUCAUCCUGACGGGCCUGUGCGUUCUCGUACCGGUUUCUUGGACUGCAAACACUGUGGUGCAAGACUUCUACAACCCGAAUGUUCCCCUCCAGCACAAGCGAGAGCUGGGUCAGGCCAUUUACCUGGGAUGGGCGUCUGCGGUGAUUCUCAUGAUUAGCGGGGCGGUUCUCAGCAGCACUUGUCCACACAUGGAGAGAGGAGGGUAUAGACGCGGGUACAUGGGUCGUAGCUUUGCGAACUCCAGGCCUUCCGCUCCUGAUCUUCCCAAAACUAUCACCACCAGCACCCUUCCUCUCAAGGAGUACGUAUGAUGGAGAGGAAUUAAGGCUCAACAGGGACAAUAAUUAAAGAUGCACUCAGUACUUUUUUUGAUUUUGAUUCAAUGGAUGGAUGCAUUUUGUGGCAAUUGAAGUCCAAUCCUUUAUCUACUCUGUUUCAUCGCUCCUUGUGUUUGGCAAAUCGGACACAUAAUGCUGUUGACUUUUUUUUGUUAUGUGUUUGAAAAACUCCAGUGUUUGAAAAUAAUUAUUGCAAUUCUGUUUGGUGACACAAUCUGUGUCAUUUCUGCACCACUAGCAAAAAUGAAAUUGAAUAAAUUAAUAAUGAUUGCCAAUUACCAUUGUAAAAUAGAUUGGCUUGCCCCAAUAGCUCGUUUUUUAACUGAAUUGUGAGACACAGUGUUCUCAAUGAGAUCUCAACAUGUCCGGCUCGAGGGUGAGAGUACAUCACUUUACAUGUCAAAAGCUUUAUUAAUUUCUCUUGGAGUAAAAAUUUGUAAUGUGUGAAGAUGUACUGAGUGCACCUUUAAUUAAAGCCGGUCUAUUAGAGCGAGAUCAGUGUUCGAGAAACAUGUACAAACACCCUAAUGUGUGUCACUCUCUGCCUCUUACUGCUGUUUAUUCAGGGACUGUCCUAUUUAUGAGUGCUUUAUUUAGAUUUGAAGUCUUAAUUUGACUUUGAUCACUUUAGUCUGGGGAACAUAUUCACUAAUAACUACGACUUUUGCCUCAAACUCAUAAUUAGGCUAUUUCUUAUUAUCAGUUAGAAAGCGUAGUUUAGGUAUUAAGGGAUGAAGAAUAUCAUCAUGCAGAAUAAGGCAUUAAUAUGUGCUUUAUAAGUACUAACAAACAGCCAAUAUCUUAGUAAUAUGCAUGAUAAUAAACAACUAGUUAAUAGUGAGAAUUGGACCCCAAACUGAAGUGUCGAUUGGUUUUUAGACCAAUAGUAUUAUCUAUGGGCUAACUGAACUCUAAGGCCCAUUUGCAGUGUUUUUCAUAUGUAAAUUGUUAUUGAUCUUGCGUUUUGUAGACAAAUUUCAACAAAACGCUCUGUUCACUGUGAUUUCUCCAUUUAUUGGAAAUGUGUGUGUUUGAACCUUUUUAGGAAUAAAAAGGAUGUGUGGUGUGAUAUUCAAUAACAACAGUGCAAUCAUUUUAUCAGUGUAAAGAAUAAAAAGCAUUCAAUAA